GUCUGCCGCGAUUUCCAUGGCCUGUCUACGGCACCAACGAGAGGAACUGGCCCAGAAGUUCUCGAUCGUGCUGCCUUCUGCCGGCUUUGCUGCGCCUUCGACGGCUUCCGAUCCUUGGGCCGCCCGCGGCUGCAACGCUCGGUGGCGCUCUUUGAUCGCCAGGCGACUCGAGUGACAGUGCAGAGAAGCAACGGCACCAGCAUUGACGUGAUGGGUGUGCGCUUGGCCAAGGACAGCAGAAAGGCAGUCGAGGCUGAUGCGCCCAUCGCCCUGCUCUUCAAGUCACUGAUCCAGGACAUGCUCAACGACCAGGGCUGGGAGAAUGGGGACAAAACACGCCGCGCCUCCACGAAGCGGAACGUAUGGAACUGGUUCUUCGAGAUUCUACUUCCUACUGCCCAGGAGUAUGUGCACGCGCGGCAAGAGCAGCAGCAGGCUCGAAUUCGACAGGCGGCACCGCCUGCUCCGUCAGAACCGGAACAGUCUGAGGAGGCCGAGCCGAAGGCCGAAACAGAGCCGCAGGAGGCAGCGGAAGUGCCGAAAGAGGUUGCAGAGAACGAGGCGGAGAUGGACCUCCUCAGCCAGGACGGAGAAGAGCUCGAGGAUCCCCAAGAGAGGCAAAGGCUUCAGAAUGAGCUUUACGCACACACCUUCGUCGUCCUCAAAGGUGAGAAUUUGCUCUGUCAGCUCAUGGAACCCGAG